UGACACAAAACAAUGGCAGUGCCAUGGCGGAGGGGAUGGCUCAUGGAUGGCUAGCGUUCAGAGUACAGCUUUGAGUCACACAAUAAUCUCCCGACGGUCGCGGUUACCUAAUUAGUUUGUGUGACAGGUUGUUAUACAAGUGCUGAGGCCCCUUUAAGGGAUAGUAUAGUGCGCUAGGUGGUGCACAGUGGCUGGGCAGUCUGGAGAGUGUGUCGGAAAAGCUGGCGACCGGGGGUCAAGCGGGUUGGAAAGGUAGCUGCAGAUGAGAACAAAUAAGGUGUGUGCCCUUAGAGCUAUUAUCAGAAAACAAAUGCAGGAUCUCCUCAAGACUCCAGCCCGGUUUAUGUGUGUUACUUGGCCACUUGCUGCAUAAAGAUAGGGGAGUUAGCCCCGAAGUUUGCUACUAACUUCGGCCCUGGAGCAGAUUUAUAAGUCUCCCCUGUACCUCUCCCCCUGUGCGUGCCGACUACGGUCUGGGCGCGGAAGCAGAAAGGGUUAACAAGAUGCUAAAGCGAGCUAGUUAAAUGUCCGCAGCCACAGACAGCGACUUUACCGCGUUGCUACGUAACGCUAGCUAGAAUGCUAUCAUGAUGUUCAACCCUGAGUUAGCUGAGGAUCGAAAACCAAUGUACAGACACUCACAGAGCACCUUGUACAAAAACGGCGACAACACCAGGCCCAUCAGCGUGAUUCUGGUCAGCUCCGGCAGCCGCGGGAACAAGCUGCUGUUUCGGUACCCUUUCCAAAGAGUGGCAGAGUGCACCUCGUCCCUCGCAGCAAAACAGCGAAGUCCUUACGCUCUGAACACAGCUGGAGAUGUUCUUGAAGAUCAGGAUGGUGAUUCGAGAGAACAAACUCCACUAACUGACGAACAGUUGGUAGCAGGGUUCUCCGACAUCAUCCUCGCCACUAUUCUCGCCACCAAGUCGGAUAUGUGUGGAAAGAAGUUUGAGCUGAAGAUAGACAAUGUGCGGUUUGUGGGCCACCCUACCCUCCUCCAGCACCCUCACAUCAUCCAGGUUUCUAAAACAGAUCCUUCUCCUAAAAGAGAAAUGCCCACAAUGAUCUUGUUUAGUGUGGUGUUCGCCCUGAGGGCCAACGCCGACCCCUCUGUCAUCAGCUGCAUGCACAACCUGUCGCGCCGCAUCGCCAUAGCCCUGCAGCAUGAGGAGCGGCGCUGCCAGUAUCUGACCAGAGAGGCCAAGCUGAUGCUGGCUGUCCAGGAUGAGAUAACCACCAUGACUGAGACUGACGGAAGCCCCCAGUCCCCAUUCAGACAAAUUCUUCCAAAAUGCAAGCUGGCAAGGGACCUGAAGGAGGCAUAUGACAGCUUGUGUACGACAGGUGUGGUGCGACUGCAUAUUAACAACUGGCUGGAGGUGAGCUUCUGUUUACCUCACAAGAUCCAUCGGACUGGGGGAAACCACAUCCCCCCGGAGGCACUAGAGCGCAGCCUGAAGGCUAUAAGGCCUUAUCAUGCCCUGCUGCUGUUGGACAGCGAGAAGGCUCUGCUCAGUCAGCUCCCUCUGGACUGCUCCCCUGCUAUGGUGCGCCUCAUCAAAACCUGCUCAGCGGUGAAAAACCUGCAGCAGCUCGCCCAGGACGCUGACCUGGCACUGCUUCAGAUCUUCCAAAUUGCUGCUCAUCUGGUGUACUGGGGCAAAGCGAUCAUCAUUUACCCGCUGUGCGAAAACAAUGUCUACAUGCUGUCUCCUCAUGCCAACAUCUGCCUGUACUCACCACUGGCUGAGCAGUUUGCCCAGCAGUUUCCCGGCCAUGAUCUGCCCUCGAUGUUAGCCAAGUUCUCACUGCCUGUCUCACUCGCAGAGUUCAGAAACCCAUUGGAGGCUCCUGUGCAAGAGCUGAUCCAGAUGGUGGUGUGGAUGCUUCAGCACCGCCUGCUGAUCCAGCUACACACCUACGUCUGCUUAUUGGUGCCCCCCAGUGAAGACGAGCCUGGCUUGAGGGAUGAAGACCCGCCCUUGGCUGCCCGUGUAGGGGGCCGCAGUCUCAGCACACCGAGCGCUCUCAGCUUUGGUUCCCCAACGAGCAGCGAUGACAUGACCCUGACCAGUCCCAGUAUGGACAACUCUAGUGCUGAGCUGCUGCCUGGGGGAGACUCUCCUCUCAACAAGAGGAUGACAGAGACGCUGCUGGCCAGCCUGUCCGAGCACGAGAGGCAGGUCAUCCUGAACAUCCCUGCUGCACAGAGCCCUGAGGAUCUGCGGAUGUUUGCCAGGCUGCUGCACUAUUUCCGAGGACACCACCACCUGGAAGAGAUUAUGUACAAUGAGAACAUGAGGCGCUCUCAGCUCAAGACGCUGUUUGACAAGUUUCGCAGCGUCCUUGUGGUGACCAACCACGAGGACCCCAUUAUUUCAAUCUUUCAGUCGCCCAUGGAGUAGGACACGAACACGGUAUUAGCUGUUACAGAGUGCCUGCUAAGAGACUUUAGUUUGAGAGUGGUGAAAAUCUGGUGUAAUCACAACUAAUUACUAUUGCUCAACAAUCUGCUGCUUUUUAAUAAACUGACAUAGCUGUGAAUGACUGUGUAUAGAUUUUUGAAACCUGAUUUUUUUUUCCCCUUUAUGAGCCAAAUGUUUUGUUUGUUUACAUUAAUAAAUUAUUUUCUAUUUCGUAUUGUA